AUGGAGCCGGGGACUGGCGUGGACGGCUCCGCGGGCUCGGGGUGCGCUCGUGCGGCCGGCGUGCGGGAGGAGACCCCGGGGGAAGAGGCGAAGGGCGGAGAGGGGAGCGCCGCGAUGUCCAAGCGGAGAGGAGAGGACGGCCCCGCGGCGGACGAGGCGAGGGAGGCCGGGGAGGAGGAUGGAGAGACCCGGGGGAAGGCGGAGGAGGAGGGGAAAUACGAGGAGGAGCUGGACCCGAGAAUACAGGAGGAGCUGGAGCACUUGAACCAGGCCAGUGAAGAGAUCAACAAACUGGAGCUGCAGCUGGACGAUGCGCGCUCCAGCUACAGGAGGAUCCUCACAGACUCGGCUCGGAGGCUGAACGCUCAGGGUUCUGCUCUGGGCGCCUGCAUCGAGAAAGCACGACCGUACUACGAGGCCCGCAGACUCGCCAAAGAGGCCCAGCAGGAGACCCAGAAGGCAGCCCUGAGGUACGAGCGCGCCGUGUCCAUGCACUCCGCUGCCCGGGAGAUGGUGUAUGUGGCAGAACAGGGGCUGCUGGCCGACCGGAACACUAUGGACCCCACCUGGCAGGAGAUGCUCAACCACGCCACCGCUAAGGUGAACGAGGCCGAGGAGGAGCGUCUCCGCAGUGAGAGGGAGCACCAGAGGGUCACUCAGUUGUGUCAGGAGGCUGAGGCCAGGGUCCAGACUCUGCAGAAGGCCCUCAAGAAGGUCAUCCUCAAGUCCAAACCGUACUUCGAACUCAAGGCCCAGUUCAACCACAUCCUGGAGGAGCACAAGGCGAAAGUGGUGCAUCUGGAGGAGCAGGUGUCCAAAGUGAAGACGCGUUACUCUGUGGCCCUCAGGAACCUGGAGCAGAUCAGUGAGCAGAUCCACGCGCAGAGAGGACGGAUCACAGCCACCACCAGGGGGAGCCACGUGAUGUGUGGGGGGCGCAGCUCUCCUGUGGGGGCCGAGGCAGAGGUCAGGGCGAGCAUCAGCGUGCAGGUGGGAGCAAAGUCUGUGGGAGGAGCCAACAGCGACUGGGCGCAGCAGUGGGUGGAGCGUCACCGUCAGAGCGGGUGGGGCCAGGGGGAGCAGGAGGGGGGUCCCGACGGUCCCGAGGGCUCCGACCGCCUGUCCGUCAUCAGCCUGCAGACCAUCGCCUCCGACCUGGAGAAGUGCGAUUCCGUGGAGCACCUGGGAGACAUGAGCGACUGCGGCAGCGUGCGGGGGGAGGGCGGGUGGGAGAGGAGAGGGACCCCCCGCGGACGCCCCCUCAGCACCCUGCUCCCACCCACCGCCGCUGUUGCUGUGGCGGUGGAGGGGGGGCCCGCCGGGGGGGUCCAGGGGGCGGCGCACAGGGGCCCCACGGAGCAGCCCACACCCGUCAGGAGGGAGCGGAGAGAGAGCUUCGUCAAACAGCAUCACAGGAGCGUCAGCCUAUAG